GGCUCGGAUUCCGGGCUCUGGGCUCGGCGGCGAGGGCCCCGCAGGUAGCGAAGCCCGGCGGGCGGGCGGGCGGCGGCGCCCAGCGCCCCUCGCCAGGCCCGCCAUGCAGGGUCCUGCCGGGAACUCGAGCCAUUCACUGCCGGGUGGGCCGCCUUCCACCGUAGCGUCCGGCGCGGGCCGCUGCGAGAGCGGUGCGCUCAUGCACAGUUUCGGCAUCUUCCUGCAGGGGCUGCUCGGCGUCGUGGCCUUCAGCACGUUGAUGCUCAAACGCUUCAGAGAACCAAAGCAUGAAAGACGUCCUUGGAGGAUAUGGUUUUUAGACACUUCCAAACAAGCCAUAGGAAUGCUGUUCAUCCACUUUGCAAAUGUAUACCUAGCAGAUCUCACUGAAGAGGACCCUUGCUCACUGUACCUCAUCAACUUCCUCCUGGACGCCACCGUGGGCAUGCUGCUUAUCUACAUGGGCGUGCGCGCCGUCAGCGUCUUGGUGGAGUGGCAGCAGUGGGAGUCCCUGCGUUUUGGCGAAUAUGGAGACCCUCUGCAGUGCGGAGCCUGGGUUGGACAGUGUGCCCUUUACAUCGUGAUCAUGAUUUUUGAAAAAUCUGUCGUCUUCAUUGUCCUCCUCAUACUUCAGUGGAAGAAGGUGGCCCUGUUGAAUCCCAUUGAAAACCCAGACCUGAAGCUGGCCAUCGUCAUGCUGAUCGUCCCCUUCUUUGUCAAUGCUCUGAUGUUUUGGGUAGUGGACAAUUUCCUCAUGAGAAAGGGAAGGACGAAAGCUAAACUAGAAGAAAGGGGAGCCAACCAGGACUCGAGGAAUGGCAGCAAGGUCCGCUACCGAAGGGCCGCAUCCCACGAGGAGUCGGAGUCUGAGAUCCUGAUCUCGGCCGAUGAUGAGAUGGAGGAGUCCGAUGUGGAGGAGGACCUCCGGAGACUGACCCCCCUGAAGCCCGCGAAGAAAAAGAAGCACCGCUUCGGGCUGCCUGUAUGACGCAUCCUCGAGCUGGGGUCAGGUCGGGGCCCGGCCAGCCACUGGUUGGCCGAGGGUCGCUCUGCUGCGUCUUCCCUUCCCUCCUCUCUCUGCCCCUCUUCUACCUCCACUCCUCCCACGGUCUCUGCCCACUCCUAGACUACUGUGACCCGAGGGAGGGAGGCCGCUGGCCCGGCGUGGCAGCUGGAGGUCCCCACUCAGUUGCACUACAAACACUGACCAAAUAUGCAAGCGAGGCGUUUUGUUUGUGUGUUGUCGUCCCAAGCGGUGUUGUGAGGGACCCAGAAGCCCUGUCCUGCGUCUGGCCGGGUGGCCUCGAGGAUGAGAACUCACGUGCACACAGACCGUGGGUGGAGCCUUUCGCCAAGGCUCAGGGGAAUGUGAAGACGUAACACGUUUGGGGGCUAAAAGUUACACAUUGACCAGAGCCUCCAGAUCUGAAGUUUAAAACACAAUCUCGGCCUCCCCGCCUCCCAUGGUGCAGCCUUCAGAACCAGGCUCUGGACCCAGCUCUGGGAACUUCCUCUCAGGCUACGCCUUGCCUAUCAGCUUAGUGUUGUCGACUCGUCUUCUAGAGAACGCCUGUCUGACCAAGUGAUCCUGUUUUUCACAUCCUCCAGACCAGCGGGUGGAGGUGAGCGAGCUUGCUCUCUGCAUCCACAGGCAGGACGAGGUGCUUCAAAGCUUGUGGCCCCCACUCCCCAGCAUGGGCAUCGGCCCCGUGGCUUUGGGAGUCUGCUGCCCGGCAGUGGAAUGGGCUGACCCAGGUACUUGCCCUGCUGUGGGAGCAGCAGCCCAGUGUUUUGUCCCAGCCCGGAGGCAGUCAUGGAAGUUUAGGAAUAGAGAACCGCAUGGCUAAGGUGCGAGCUGGAAGUGAGAUCAGUGCAGGGAGGUCACACCACCCAGAACCUUCUUUUUAGGUUCCUACCUAAAAACCUACAUAAAAACGUGUCACUGAAGCAGAUUGGGUCUGAACUGUGACAUGUGAGCCGCGCUGUUAAACCAGGCAUCCUGGGCCUGUCCUCUGCCUCCCACGGUCUCACCUUGUGUGGGUCAUGGAGGGACAAGCCUUGCAGAGGCCUUCUCAGCCUGUCGUCCUGUAGGAGUCCAGAGGGCCAGAGGAGCUGGGACCUGAAUUGCAGUGGGCGGUGACUCUGUUACGGUGGGCACCUGCAGCUGGAGAGGAGAGCAGGGUGAGAUUGGAGCCCAUCUCCACUCUCCCUUAGCUUUGCUCUCAUUUUAUGCUCCUCCCCCCUUCCACCCUCGGCUGUGUUAGUGGGGGCCUCCCCACUGGGAAGACCAGGACUGACAUCGGUCCUGGUAGGUGGCAGGCAUCGCUGACUUGCCUUACUCUGUCCUCCUGUUUUGUCUUGGUUUGAAUAACCUGUGGCCGCAGCUGUUUCCUGCACCUCCCUGAGCCCAGAAUCUGAGCUUCACUUUCAGUCUUGAGCUCCUCAUGUUUCCAAACCAGGGACGGGGGUGGGGAAGCCACAGGUGUGAAGGAUGGAAACUCUGUGUUACAGACCCCAGAUGAGCUGCUCAUCUCAAGGCUCGUCCCAGCGCCUGCUGGGCAGUGGGUUUGGGGGACAAAGAGGUAGCGAGCGAUCAGUGGUUUCUCCCUGUAUCCUGAUUUUGAAAGGUCUUUAGUCUCUGAGCCUCAGUUGUAUAGCUGGCUAACUAGGACAUGGACGUGUAACAGGGAGUCUGAUCAUACAGGGCCUUGUCAGCGUGCGGGCCUAAACGGCGUGGCCUGAUGUGUUUGGCCUUAUCCCUGGGAUAAGCUUCCUCACCACCUGCUCCAAGGUGCCUUAUGAGGUGCAGCUCUUCACCUGCCACAUGGCAAGCAUCAUUGUGCUUGAGAAACCACGGGACACCAACUGGGUAUUGUGCGCCAUCCGUCUGAUUUGUCCUAAUCUGGACCUCAGCCAAGCCACCCAUAAUGGAAACUUGUAAGUCAAGGCCAUGAACGAGUUUCUUAUAACUGAUAGAAAUAACCCGGUGAGGUAGAACUGUCAAAUCUGAAUGGAAGAGAUCGUUGUUGCCCAUUUUUCCUUUCGCUGACAGUGGGAUAUUGACAAUGGCAAGGAGGGAUGUUGGUGAGAUCCCAGGCGGUGGCUUCUUGGUCUGCUCAGCCCAAAGACCUGCCACUUGAAGGCCCGUCAAUUAGCCUUCAGGCACACUGGUGGCCUCUUGCCUCAAGCUUUAACCUGUGCCUCUUCCUGACAACAGGAGUCAUGGGUUAGUGUUGACCUGUCAUGCCUUUAAAGGGAAAAUAUGUAAAGGCUCAAAUUCAGGUUGUUUCUUCCCCUCCUCAGUGUGGGCCUGGAGGCUGGAGCCCGGAGUCCCCGUCUGAAGGCUGCCCCAGGAGCCUGGAGGGAGGAGCAGCUGUCAGCAGCUCACUCUGCCCUCCAGACUGCAGUUCACUGGCCUUUUUGCAGCCAGGCAAAUGCAGACGGCUCUGGGAACUUGCCGUCAGCCAGAGCAGCCACCUUGUAGGGGACAGGGCCGGCCUUUAGAAGUUUCACACGUUUCCAACUAGGAGUGGAGAGCUCUGUGUUUUACCCUGUGAAACAUUGGCAGCUCUGAAGGGCUUUGCUCUUGGGGAGGGACCUUGAGCUCCUGAGUGGGUGGGUGGGUUGGUUUAAUUUGAUUUCUCUUUUCAUGAAGUUUAUUAGAAGUCAGACCUAUGUGAGCAAACCAUGACCGACUUCCACUGCCCUCCCAGUGGGGGUGGUUAAAUUUGUGGUGUUACGAUUCACAGAAACACAUUUUUGAAAUGAAAGGGAAGACGAUGUACUUACAUUGUAAAGUGGUUUACAAUAAAGUUUGACAUCUUA